UUAAUUACUUGAUUAAUUAAUUGAUUAAGAUGUCGUACAACAAAUCAGAUAUGUGGAUCGUAUGCUAUGCUCCAUCGAUGAUCUCCUCAAAUGGCAUCUGGCAAGGAGACAACCCUUUGGACUACUCCUUGCCCCUCUUCAUCGUCCAAGUCAUUCUCAUCAUCUUCACCACUCGUGUCCUCGUCUUCCUCCUCAAACCCUUCCGUCAGCCUCGCGUCAUUGCUGAGAUCCUCGGAGGGGUGAUCUUGGGCCCAUCGGUGCUGGGAAGAAGCACCAAAUUUGCAGAAACAAUAUUCCCUCUAAGGAGCGUGAUGCUCGUCGAGACAAUGGCAAACGUAGGACUUCUCUACUUCCUCUUCCUCGUAGGAGUCGAAAUGGACAUUGCAGUGGUCAAACGAAUGAGCAAAAGGGCAGCAUUUUCCAUAGCUCUCGGAAGCAUGAUUGUGCCAUUCCUAAUCGGCAUCCCCUUCGCUUUCCUUCUCCACAAGAGCAUGGAUUUCGUAAAGCUCGGCACUUUCAUACUCUACCUCGGAGUUGUCCUCUCCGACACCUCCUUUCCUGUGCUAGCCCGUGUCCUCGCCGAGGUUAAGCUUCUCAACACCGAAAUCGGAAAAAUCGCCUUGUCGUCAGCCCUCGUCAGCAACAUGUGUGCUUGGGUUCUAUUAGCCUUUUCCAUUGCAUUGGCUGAGAAUGCCACGAUUUCAUUAGCAUCGAUUUGGGAGGUUGUUUCUUGCGUCUUGUUCGUCCUGGUUUGUGUCCAUGUAAUAAAGCCGAUCCUUCUCCGCCUCGUGCAAAAGAUUCCGGAAGGCGAGCCGAUAAGUGACUUCUUCAUUUGUUCAAUGCUCGCCGGAGUCAUGACUUGCGGCUUCAUUACAGAUGCUAUCGGCCUGCAUUCAGUAUUCGGGGCUUUUGUUUUCGGCUUGAUCAUCCCUAAGGGUCCUUUGUGUAUGGCACUUAUUGAAAGGCUUCAGGAUUUUGUCUCCGGCAUUCUGCUUCCGCUGUUUUUGGCAAUCAGUGGCCUCAAGACCGACAUUUUCGCCAUCCAUGGAGCCGACACGUGGGGGAUUCUAGGCUUAUUAAUCCUUCUUGCUUGUGUCGGGAAGAUCAUGGGAACUAUUCUAGUUUGUCUUUACCAUAAAAUGCCAUUACACGAAGGGCUUACUCUUGGGGUUCUUAUGAACACCAAAGGUGUUAUUGAGAUGAUUUUCAUUAACGUUGGCAAAGACCAAAAGGUUUUGGACGAGAAAUCGUUUGCAAUUAUGGUGAUUGUGUCGAUUGUGAUGACUUCGGUUGUCGUUCCAGCAGUGAAAACCAUCCACAAACCAGGCAGAAGAUUCACACCUUACAAAAGAAGAACUGUUGAGGGAACCAAUCGAGGAGGCGAAUUCAGUGUUCUUGUGUGCGUUCAUACUCCGAGAAAUGUUCCGACAAUCAUCAAUCUGCUGGAGGCUUCUUGUCCGACCAGACAAUCCCCAAUCUUCGCCUAUGUCCUGCACCUGGUGGAGCUCACGGGGAGGUCAUCGACGGCGCUGAUCGCCCACACCAGUCGGGGGUCGGGCUGCCCGGGGGUGAACGGGACGCAAGCUCAGGCCGACGAGAUCAUAAGCGCAUUUGGGAAUUUCAAGCAAAAUGUACAUUUCGUGUCGGUGAGCUCCAUGACUGCGAUUUCCCCUUACGCCACGAUGCACGAAGACAUUUGCGGCGUGGCGGAGGAUAAACGUGCGUCUUUGAUCAUCAUCCCUUUCCACAAACAGCAGACGGUGGAUGGAGAAAUGGAGGAUUCGAAUCCGGCGUUUCAAACGAUCAAUAAAAAUGUUUUGGAAAACUCGCCGUGCUCUGUCGGAAUUUUGAUCGACAGAGGUCUUAGGUCGACGAUAAUGGCGGCGAGCCAAUUGACGACGAAUGGCGUGGUCGUUUUGUUCUUUGGUGGGCCUGAUGACAGAGAGGCGUUGGCCUAUGCUUGGAGGAUGUCCGAUCAUCCAGGGAUUCAUCUCACCGUCAUGCGGUUCGUCCCCGGAGAGGCCGCGUUCGAAUCGCCGGCGCCGGCGCCGGCGCCGGAGGAAUCUAAAUCAGCGAGCAGUCAUAGCGGGGAGCGCGGGUUUCUGCGAGUCCUGACGGAGCGGGACAGGGAAAAGGAAAUGGACGAGGAGUUCUUGAGGGAGUUCAAUGCGAGGGCAAUGGAAAAUAAUCCGUCGAUUGAGUAUGUGGAGAAAGUGGUGAACCACGGGGAGGAGACGGUGGCGGCGAUAAGGGGGAUCGCCGGAGGUCACGAUCUGUUGAUAGUGGGGAGGGGGCAUGGGAGGGAGUCUGCGGCGACGGUGGGGCUGUCGGAGUGGAGCGAGUGCCCGGAGCUGGGAACGAUCGGGGAUUUGCUGGCGUCGUCGGAUUUCGCGGCGACGAAUUCGGUGCUGGUGAUUCAACGGUACGCGCCGGCGGAUGAAUAUGAGGAGGAAAUGAUGGGUUCGCCGGAGGGGAGGAAUGGGCACUAUGAGGAGCUUGAGUAUGGAUAUAGGGUUCCGCCGCCGGGGAGAGGGCUGGAGCCGCAGCCGCAGCCGCAGCCGCAGCCAGCGCCGGUCUUUCAACUUCCCUUUGGGCACUACUAGAAAUUAAUUUUAAUUAUUCCAGCAGCUUUUGGGUGUAGUUUUUUGUGUUUUUAUCAUUUAAUAUAUAUAUAUUUUUUUUCAAAAAAGUAUUACAUUAAAUAGC